AGCCCAGAGUAAGGUGUAUGUUCUACUGCUCGCAUGAAAAGUUGCUUCUCAAAAGUUCUCUACUUUCUCUGCAAUUCUGUUCAGUGACAAAAUUAAGUGUAACUAAAUUAACAGUAUCUUUGAGACAAGACAAGGUAUAAGGACCAGGAUUUUACUGCAAAAGAAAAAUUUGAAGAUGUCUCUCAUGGACGAUCUUCUCCUCCAGGCUCCCAGCAGCACGGUAACACUCCUGGGGGCUGGGCUGUUUCUACUGGUCCUCUACCUCUUCUCCUCUGGUUCCAGUUCUGAGCCACAGGGGAAGGAGCCUCCAGGACCCAGACCACUACCCCUGCUUGGUAACCUGUUCCAGCUGGAUUUGAAGAGGCUUUACCACACACUAUGUGAGCUGUCCAAGGAAUAUGGUUCCGUAUUUACAGUUCACAUUGGGCCCAGAAAGGUGGUCGUUCUUGCAGGAUACAAGACGGUCAAGGAAGCACUGGUCAACCAUGCAGAGGAGUUUGGAGAACGGGGCGCCUUUCCAAUACAGAAGGAACUCAGCCAAGGACUUGGUAUUGUAUUUACCAAUGGAGAUUCAUGGAAAGAGAUUAGACGUUUCGCCCUGACAAACCUGCGAGACUUUGGCAUGGGCAAAAAAGGGAGCGAGGAGAAGAUAAUUGAGGAAGUUCGCUACUUGAUAGAAGUGUUUGAAGAACACAAGGGUAAAGCCUUUGACACAACCGAGCCAAUACAUUAUGCCAUCUCCAACGUAAUCUGCAGCAUUGUUUAUGGCAGCAGGUUUGAAUACUCUGAUCCCAGAUUCAGACGCACAGUGGAUCGAGUCAAAGAGAGCCUUCGUCUUCGAGGAUCUCGUUCAUUGCAGUUGUACAACAUGUUCCCAUGGCUGGGCUCAUUGAUGAAGUCCAAGGGGCUUGUAAUGAAAAAUGAUUACGACAACAAGCGGGAUAUUCAGGACCUGGUGACGGAGCUGAAGGAGACUCUCAACCCUCAGAUGUGUAGAGGCUUCGUUGACUCAUUCCUGGUCCGAAAACAGACCUUGGAGAAAUCAGGCCACAUGAACACUCAUUACCACGACGGAAAUCUGAUACAAAGUGUUUUCAACUUGUUUACUGCUGGUACCGACACAACAGCGACUACAAUGCGUUGGGGUCUGAUGCUGAUGGCCAAGUACCCCAGUGUACAAGACCGGGUCCAAGAGGAGAUGAGCAGGGUUAUAGGAAGUCGUCAGCCCUUGAUAGAAGACAGGAAGAACCUGCCCUACACUGAUGCAGUGAUCCAUGAGACCCAGAGGGUGGCCAACAUUUUACCCUUGGCCGUUCUUCACGCUACCAGCCAAGACAUCACCUUCCAGGGAUACUUCAUCAAAAAAGGGACAUUUGUGAUUCCCCUGCUGGCUUCUGUCCUUAUGGAUGAGAGUGAAUGGGAGACUCCUCAUGCCUUUAACCCCGCCCACUUCCUGAAUGAGAAAGGUCAAUUUGUCAAGAGAGAUGCCUUUAUGGCCUUCUCUGCGGGUCGUAGGGUGUGUCUGGGGGAGAGUCUGGCCAGGAUGGAGCUCUUCCUGUUCUUCACCUCCCUCUUGCAGCGCUUUCGUUUCUCUCCUCCUCCAGGAGUAACAGAGGAUGAUCUGGACCUCACACCUGUUGUGGGGAUAACCCUCAAUCCUUCACCCCACCAGCUGUGUGCUGUGACCCGGGUCUGAGAUGAGUUUGGGUCAAAUGUUGUUCACACACUUGACUCUCAACUUUCAACACCUCUGUUUUACAAUGUUUUAUUGCUGACAAAGACAAAUCAAUCAAAUAUUUUUGGUUGUUGACACAUGGGAGCAGAUGUGGUUUACCAGUAUAUGGCACAAGUUUGAUCAGUUGCAGCAAAAUGCUCUUUACCAUCUCAAAGUGCAAUGGGAGAGCCAGAGAGAUAUUUAGUAUGUCUUUGUUUAUACAAUUUUCAGGCAUAUUUUACUGUUAAUGACCCUGGGUUUUGACUGUAAAAAGAUUGAUGACACUAACUAACAAGAGAUUAAGGAACUUCUUAGUAUUCAAUGCUCUUAGAACCCAAGAGUUGAACCCUGAAAGAGCCCCCUAUGGCAGCUGGCUCUUAGAUUUACAAAUGAAAAAACACCCAACACACAUCCUUCUCAGACUAGCACUGCUUCCCAAAAAUCAAUUGAGAUGAACCAAAUCACCAAUCAAAAAUACCAAAAGAAUCCAGAGUAUGUGGUCACUGUACGAUUGGUGAGGUAGAGACAGUUUAGAGACACUUUGUCCUGAAAUGUGACAAAUACACCUCUAUAAGAGUGAAAUAUCUUGAAAGAUUCUGUAAUUUAACACCAAAUUUUAAAAUAUUGGAUGACUAAACUGAAUGUUAAAUUAUUCUUGGAGAGGGACCUACAACAAAUAUUCCAGACAGAUUUGUGCACAUGUAUCAUACCCUGAGGAACAGUGAGUAAUCCCUCACACACAAAACACACACAUACAAAUAUUCAUACUCAUACAAAAUACACUUAAAUACACACACACACAUACCUACAUUCUUAAAACAUGAUUUUU